UGUCUGUUUUGUGAAAUCUAUCUUUCUUUCAUAAAUGUUUUAUAAAGUUAAUUCUUAGGAUUUUACCAUCAAUAUCUUUAUAAAUUAAUUAGUUACAGCAGGAAUGGUAGUUAAAUUAGGGAUAAAUGGAUUUGGACGCAUUGGUCGGGUAAUUUUUAGAGCCGUCCUUCAAAAAGCAGAUCUAGAGAUAGCUGCGAUCAAUGACCCUGCUAUCGACGUUGAAUAUAUUUGUUACUUGAUAAAGUUUGAUUCAACUCACGGAAAACUUAGUGGCAGUGUUACACACACGAAAGAUGAAAUUUUUGUAAAUGAUACUCGAAUAAAGAUAUUUCACGAAAAACUGCCCACGAGUGUGCCAUGGCAGACGGCGGGGGUGCAGUACGUGAUCGAGGCGUCAGGAAUGUUCACAACUUUGGAAAAAGCAUCGGGGCACCUUGCAAGCGACAGCGUAAAGCGAGUGAUAGUGACUGCUCCCAGCGUAGACGUUCCCAUGGUCAUACUGGGGGUCAACGAAGAUAAGUGCAAUACAGGUCAAAAGGUUAUUUCCUGUGCAUCGAGCACACUGUAUUGCUUGGCACCCAUCGUGAAGGUGCUCGAAGACAGCUAUGGAGUGGCUGAGGGCUUUAUAACAAGCAUACACGCGAUGACACCUUCUCUAAAACCUUUGGACGGGCUUUGCUUACGGGGAAAGCAUUGGAGGGACCACAGAAGCAUCCAUCAGAACAUUAUACCGGCAACGACCGGAGCUUGCAAAGCGCUCGGGAAAAUCAUACCGCAAGUCAAGGACAAACUUGCAGGCCUCGCAUUUAGAGUGCCCAUAGUUAACGUAUCUGUGUUGGACAUCACUAUACGAUUAAGCUCAAACACAACAAUGCGUAACAUUAUUGAAAGCAUAGAAAAAGCUAGCAAUACUACGAUGCGAAACAUAAUAAAGAUUUCCAAAGAAGAAGCGGUAUCUUCAGAUUUCAUUGGAGAAAAUCACUCUUGUAUCCUAGACGCAGAUUCAAGCCUUCAGUUAAAACCGAACUUCUUUAAACUGGUGUGCUGGUAUGAAAACGAAUACUCUUACGCAUGUAGAGUAAUUGAUUCAAUUUUUCUUUCCGAAAAACAAUUGCAAGCACAUUCACAACCUAAAAUACCAUUAAAAACCAGAUCACUCAAAAAACAAGACAUGGUUCAACAAACCGAAUGCUGUAGAAAAGAAAUACUGUGCAGUGCAUCCACGGAUACAGGGUUGAAAUCAAAACAACGACUACUUAUGCUAAGAAAGCAAAUAUCAUCAAAUCAUUCUGGGACGACGCAGUCAAUAAAUAUCACCAAAGACACCAAAAAAAGGAACGAAAUAUUUAAAAUAUGGAACGACAAAGAAAGCGUUACGACUACUCCUCGCCAAAACAGAAACUCCUUCUUCCAUAGCUGUGUUGCUAUCACACCCCAAAGUCAGGAAGAGAUUGACUGCAUCAAAGCGCAUGAACGAUUAGAAAUGCUUAAAAAAGAAUUCUCUAAAAUGGUGAACAUCACUGAAAACCUGCUGAAGAAAUCGUAUAUAAGCAAUAUCCAAGUAAAUACGGAAAAUAAGACCAUGCAUGAAGAAAAAAGUAAAUCAGCAAAUGUUCUACCAGACAUCAACGUAGAAUCGAUUAAACGUAGCUGUGAACAAUUUUCAGAAAUUUACGAUAGAGCUCAAAAGUCUAGUCGCACGCUUGACAUGGGCGGUGAUAACACAACUAAAAUUAGUAUACAAGAUACCAAACUAUUAGAAAGUCAACGUCCAAACUUAUUUCCCAAGAAUAUAGCACAGUUGCACUUAAAUGCACAUAAAAGAGCAAGUUCCGAAAUACAAAAUAAGUUGAUAAUAUUUGAAAACAUUCCUAAAGAAAAGUCGGCACCUAUGGUACCUAUGAAAUCCAAUCAACAAGUUGGAAUGAAUAACUCUUUCAAAGCUCCCGUUUCUGGAAAUCAAGAACUAAAAUCUAUCUCAAAGGAGACGACAGUUCAAUGUGUAUUAGUAGGAAAUAAAAAAACUAAGAGUGAAGGAAAGGAAAAUGAUACGACAGACAGAAUUAAUGAUUCAGAUAGGGUGAACUUCAAUAAUAAAGUAAGAAAAACAGAAAGUAGAUUUUUCCCUUUACUUGCAAGAAAUAAUGGAACGGAAUUCAUUCGCACCAAUGAGGUGACGCCUGAAAAUAAUAAUGAAAACGUGCCGCUUAAAACAAUAAGCGACACUAAUGAUAAAAGUUUUGUAAAUAAAUUAAAGAAAGAAAUUAUUGAACUGGAUGAGGUGAAUAAGGUAUGUAUCCAUGAUAGCCCUGUGGAGAUAGAAUCCGGGCCAUUAGAGAAAACUUCAAUUGUUAAAGUAACAGAAUCUGACAAUUAUCAGGAUGAUGAUCUCCCUAAAAGCUACUUGGAAAACGUUAACAGCUUCUCCCCUGAGCACAUAUACACAGAAUCUGAGCACACAUCUAAGUGUGAAAGUCCCGACACCACAAGUGUUACUGUAAGCAAUGUCGAAGUUAAUAAACACAAGCAAGAUAUUUAUGAUAAAUUGGACAGUAUCAGUGGAACAGAUUCUAAUAACUCUUUUCAAAUUCAUGAGAAAAAGUCUCAAAUAAUCAGUUUGUCUGAUUUAACAACUUCUUUGGAGGAUUUAGCACGAUUGGAUAAGAUAUGUAAAAUUAUUGAAAUAUCUGAUGAGUUAUCAAAUAAACUAUUUUCGGCUCUUGAUACCGCCGAAGGCAUCGAUGUAAAGAAAAGGAAAUGGUCAUUUAAAGAUUUGUGCGAGAGAAUUAAACUUGAUGAUUUCUGUGACAAAAUAUUUGGAAAGUCGAGUGGUUAAUAAAUUUGUUGUGAAUCUUGAUAAAAUUGUUUUGUUAAUUGAAAGAGUGACGUUUUUUUAUUAAAAUAAACUUUAUUGCAAGAUCUC